GCAGUGAAAACCAGGACUGGGCCAUGGUCCAUUUUUAAAUAAAAUGGAAAUGGUCUCAUCUCCUGUAAUACAGUCAUAAGCCAUAUCAAACAGAAAAGCCUUGGUUUGCAGGAAGUUACGGUGGUUGGCAAUGGAGCAUUUAGAAUGUGUUGUAUUAUCACCCAGUGUAGAGUGUGUGUGUGUGUGUGUGUGUGUGCGUGCGCGUGCGCGUGCGCGUCUGCCUGAGUGUGUCCUCUUCUUGAAUCACUUGGAAGUCAGUAUUGGCUUCCUCUGAUAGCCAAUCAGUUCUUGCGUUGCAGUAUAAAGUAAUAAUUGUAAUAUUCAAGAAACUUCCUCUUCAUUAGGGCUCAGUAUUCUGAAAGCUCAUGUGUGGGACAGCUCAACUUGAAUUCAUGUUUGUCAGUGUGAGAGAGUCUGUGUGUGUGUGUGUCUGUGUGUGUGUGUGUGUGUGUGUGUGUGUGUGUGCAUGUUAACUGUCACUGUAACCCACUAUAUUUUCAUAUGGAAACGUGUGUGUGUGUGUGUUUGCGUGUGAGUGAGGAAAGGAUGGAUGGCAAUGCAGAGCAUUGGUCGCCUGUCAAGCUAAGCUGGCUACUGUUAUUGUUUUACAAUGACACACUGCCCAACAAAACUAACUACACAUCAUCGGACCAGUCUCGAAUAGUAACCCUCAGAAAAGCAACUUUAAUAUAGCGUAAGUAGCAAAUCCUUGGAUCUUUCCACAAAAAAAAGAGACUUGUUAAGAGACUUUACACUGAGGGACUUACUAUUCAAACCAGGUCUUCCACCCAUCACAUAGCUAAUAUAUGUAGAUCCUCUAUGGACUAGUCUGUUUAAAGCAUCACUUUAAAGGAUUAUGUUUAAAUCUCUAUAGUUUGUGUCACUGAUAUCCAGCCCAAAGAAUGUAAAGGUGUUUUUAAAGAGACUCAUGGAUGUUGUAACUGUUGAUUAUGGAGAAACUUUGAUCAGCGUUUUGAUGAAGGAAGUUAAGAGGUAUGCAAGGAAAUCAUGUCUCUAAUGGCAAGAAUCCACACAUAGAAUCUGAUAUACAAUCUUAUUUACAGUCUUUGCAUUUAAAAACAAACAAACCAUAACAUAAAAAAAGUUAAAUGUUUGCCACAAUAAUGUUCUGACAAUUUAUGGAUGGGUAAGAGGAUGUUUGAAAUGGGAUGCCACGGAAAAAAAGCAAAAAAAAAAACAAAACAAAGCCCUCUACACAGAUCACUAGAUCCUAGAUCUAGGAUAAUACUGUACACAUACACAAAGCUAAGUACACCAGUAUUCAGUGUAAAAUGGUGCUAUGCUCACCUGUACUGUAUGUAUGUAUAACCCCUCCCUAUGCUCUUGAACUGUGCCCCUUUAUCUACCCCAAAGUCAAAUGUAAUAAUAAUAAUAAUCAAUAUUUUGAAGCAAAAAUGUUUGCUAUUAUAAUCCCUUUCUCCCCCUCUUGGUCAUUUUGAAAAUAAAAAAUGUUGCAAAUAUUAUCCCUGA